AUGAUCAAUUUCAUCGAUGAUCAGAUCGGCCGUCUGAUCCAGUCCGCUGGCGGACUGAGGGAUUGCUUGGUCAUUUUCACAUCUGACCACGGUGAGAUGCUCGGUGAUCACAACCUGUACCGCAAAACCUGGCCCUAUGAAGCCUCAGCACGAGUACCUUUUCUAAUGCGGGCACCAGCAAAAUGGGGUUACCCGCAAGAAUCUGUCUGUCAAAGUCCCGUCGGUCUACAGGACAUCAUGCCGACUAUUUUGGACGCGGCUGGAGUUGAGAUACCGAGCACCUGCACGGGUAAAAGCCUACUGCCCAUCAUGCAAGGCGAUACCGACCGGGUGCGGGACUACCUACACGGUGAGCACUCCGGCUGUUACGAUUACAGUCACGGGAACCACUAUGUGACCGACGGACACCACAAGUACAUCUGGUAUUCCCAAACUGGUCGAGAACACCUCUUCAAUCUGCAGGACGAUCCACAUGAAACAUGCGAUUUGGCGAGGUUGAGCGAGGCGGAAACGCUUCUAACACCUUGGCGGAACCAUCUGAUCGAAAUUCUCCGUCACCGUCCGGAAGGCUUUACCGAUGGGACACGUCUCAUCGCGGGACAAACCCACAAUGCGUUGUUGCCAAACUAUCAGCCCGAUGCUACCUAUCCUUAUUUAUAA